UGUGACAUGUUUCAGGUCGUCAUCAGAUUUGCAGAUCACUGGCUUUGACCUUUCUCCUGUUCACACAGUGGGGCACAAGUACUUCAUUGUUAUUGAUUAUGUGAUAUUUGUGUUGCUGUUGGUGGCCUCCACAGCCAUCGGGCUGUACUACGCCUUCACCGGAGGACGGCAGAGAACCACGCAAGAGUUCAUGUAUGCAGACAGGAGUAUGAAGUGCCUGCCGCUCUCUCUGUCUCUCAUGGCCACCUUGCAGUCAGCCGUGGCCAUCAUUGGCAUGCCGGCUGAGGUUUACAGCAAUGGAACGCAGUUCUGGUUUAUCGGCUGCUCUUAUAUUCUGGGUCUCCUGAUACCAGCACACAUUUUCAUUCCUGUGUUCUACAGACUACAUCUCACCAGUGUUUACCAGAAGGCAGGCCUUCAUUAAACCCGGAACUAAUUGAGCCAUUUGUGCCAGGCUGGGGAGAAAGAAAUUGAUGGCACAAAAAUGAAAUUGUCUAAGGGCAUCAUUCUCCUUUUUCUGGGAUUGUUUUUUAAGGUUGCUGUGGCAGAUAGUUCCACACAGGUGUAUUGGUUAGAGCUUGAAAUCGAGUCAUCGGUGUAUGACAACAUCACUGAGCUUUUGAGACUGCAUCCACAAAUAAGCAUAACUGAUGCAACUGUAACAAACAUCGUCAUCACAACAGAUUGCAAACUGGAUGAGAUACAUAAGAAUUGUUCAUGCAUGUUGGACCACACAUUCAGUGAGGACAUAUUAAAAAAUUAUGACUGCCGCAAUGACACCUGCACGCAGAAAGUUAAUGACAUUGCUGUGUGUCUGCCUAAAAAAAGAGUAAGCAUCAAUGGAUUGACUACAUUUGCAAAUGAGUCUUGCAUAGUUUUAUGUGAUCCAAACAAACGAGAUACUAAAGAGUACCAGGAUGACAACAAUAAAAUAAUCAAAAUGCUUGCGGAAAAAUACAGCACAUUGAAAAAUUUCUGGCAGCUACUGUUUAACUCACAAUCACAACUUGUUAUUUUCUCCAAAGGCUUCAUCAUUAUUGGCGGUACUCUGGGUCCGAUUGAUAUCGAUUCCUCUGUAACUAUAACCUGUCGUCCACAAGACACGCUGGGAGAGGUAAAGUGGUACUUAAUAGAUGAGUGGAAUAAAAAAAAAACAGAGAUCACAAAAGGACAAGAGGCCAGCUUUGAUAACAAAAAUUCCGAGGACAUUGUUUAUCUGAAAAAUAUUUCAGGAAGCUGGAAAGGGACAAUUCAGUGUGUGUACACAAAAGGGUCCAUACAACACACAGCAAGUACAGUGCUGGACAUAGCCCUUCUGCCAGAAAUACAGGCUAAGAGCACUCCCCAAUUUGCUGAUUGUAGAAAUAACCAAUUCAAAAAGGCUGUCAUUGAAUGUAAAAUUUCUAACAGUACAGAAAAUUACACGGUUGCAUGGAAUACUGAUCUUAGUUUCACAGAAAUAGGACCAGAAAUCCAGGGGAAUGUUUUAUCUUACAAAGCAGAGGCGAUCAUAAAUUGUGAAUCAUAUAUUAAGCAUAAGAAUGAGACACUGAAUGUUGCAUGUACAUUCACCAACCACAGAGCCAAUUACAACAAAUAUAAAACCAAAAAUGUGGAGAUCCCAGUCAUUCUUCCCCACUCACAAUUCUGUGAAGAAGAUAGCGGGUGGCCCGUCACAAAAAACAACUAUACGGCCAUUAUAUCCUGUGGGAACUCUGCUGUUGGUUCAAAAAUGAAAAAGUGCUAUGAAGGGUGGAAAGACGAAAUCUCUACUUGUGUGAAUAUGGAUCUGCAUGGCAUUAAAAGUGAUAUAGAGAUUUUAAAUAAAGGCAUUGGCCUUAUUAAGAAUGAUGCAGACGGACUUUUCAGACGAAUGCAGCAUUCAACCACUGUGGAGACAUUCAACUCAUUUGCAAAUAUUAACGCAUCUGUAGUUAUUUUUGAAGCCAUGAACAAUGUAUCUAAACAGCAGUCUAAUCAAUGGAACGAUACUGUCAUGCCUGACUUUGUCAGCGCUAUAAGCAACGCUUUGAAUAAAACAGGAGCCUGGAACAAUCCUGAAACUAAAAACACUAAUUUAUCUAUAACAUAUCUACAGACUAUUGAGAAAAUUAUACGCAACUCAAAUCUGACCAUGAAUCAGCCUCAAAAUUCUCUUAAUGUUAAACUGGCAGUCUGUAAUAAGACCGGAGAAGCACACUGCAGCAACUUUAAUGCCAGCAUCAGCACAGACGAUAGGGUCGUUGUCGUUGCAUUCCGGAACCUUCACGAAAUUUUACCAGAGUAUGAAAAAAGUCCCUUAGAGACCACCAUCUUGUCAGUCACCACUGUAAAUAAUGAGAAUUCGUCCAUCUCUGUCCAGAUGAAGUUCGAUUACGGUGAAGAAAGACUUCGGAAUCAUGAAAUGUAUUGUCUUUUCUGGGAUGAAAAUAACAGAACUUGGUCUACAGAGGGGUGUGAAUGGGGUGGUGCAGAAGAUCAAAAGUUGUGCAAAUGUACACACAACUCUGCCUUCACCAUGAUGAUGUCCAAAAAUGCAGAGACCCUCCCGUAUAUGACGGAACUGACCUACGCUGGCUUAGGAAUAUCCAUCGUCUCACUUGUUCUGUGUUUAAUCAUUGAAUUUUUGGUAUGGGAUACCGUUGUAAAGUCAGACAUCUCCAAGUUUCGCCAUGUGGCCUUAGUCAACAUCUCUUUAUGCUUGCUGUUUGCACACUGUGGAUUUUUAGCAUCAUCUGAUCCAAAAGUAAUCCCCCAAAACUGGUGCUCCAUGCUUACAGUAAUCAAACACUUUUUUUUCCUCGCUGUCUUCUUCUGGAUGCUGUGCUUGAGUUUCGUGCUUCUUCACCAACUGAUAUUUGUCUUUGACCAGCUGCGGAAAAAGGUUUUUUUGGUAUUGUCUAUCACCGUUGGUUACGUAUGCCCUUUAAUAUGUGUGGCAACAACCUACAUUACUUUCAUGAGCGGUAAAGAAGGUGAAUACUAUUCCAAAGAGACUUGCUGGCUCAUAUAUCGGGGUGUGCUGAAGGGCUCCCUCUUUUCCUUUGUAAUUCCUGCCUUAACUAUUGUGAUGGUAAACCUUUUCACGCUGGUUGUGGUGAUCAUGAAGAUAGUAACUCCUACUGUGUCGGAUUCAAAGGCGCGGGACCAAAAGGACGUUGCCAAGGGUAUGAUUAAAACAAUAGUUUUCCUAAGCCCUGUCCUCGGAAUAACUUGGCUCCUCGGGAUUUUGGUGCUGCACCUUGAUCUUACACAAAAACCUUUCGCCCAAAUUGUAAGCUACGCAUUUACAUUGUUCAAUUCGCUGCAGGGCUUUUUGAUACUGCUGACAAACUGCUUGGGAGAGAAUAAGGUUCGUGAUGCACUUCGAAAGCGUUUCCAAUCCAAGCAAUCAGUAAAGUCUAAAAGUGAAAGUUCAAGCAAAGCCACAUCUUCAGAUAUGAUAAAAUAAAGAUUGGACAGAUUAAAAUCGGGGCCUUCUAAAAGUACUCAAAGAGAAGACAUGAAACUCGAGGGAAACUUGAAAAACUUCAUGGAUUCAAUUCUGUCACAUUCAACAUUGUUUUCUAGAAAACUGUACAAUUAUUUGUGAUAUUCUAGCUCUAUUCUAGUGACCCUGGAGCACAAAACCAGUCUUAAGUCACUGGGGUAUAUUUGUAGAAAUAGCCAAAAAUACAUUGUAUUAGUCAAAAUUAUAGAUUUUUCUUUUAUGCUAAAAAUCAUU